UAUUUGUAAACAUAUUAAAAUAUAUAUUAUAUUGAUUACCUUGAUGUUAACUUACCAUACCUCAACUUUAACAAAUACAUCAAUUUAAUAUAUUUAUUUAUUAUUAAAUACUUUAUAUUUUCAUAAAAAUGUCAACCAAUAAAGAAAAUAAAAGUGUUGAAACAAUUACUAGCGAUUUACUUGAAACGAAUAUCGUUAUAAACGAAGAACAGAAGAGGGUGAACGAAAUGUUAAAAAAUCGCUUAAGGAAAUAUAUAAAAAAAUUAGACGAGAAAAAUAUGUGCACGAGUAAGGAAGAAAGUGAAAAGACCGAACUCGAGACAUUCAAACAAUUAUACAAACCGAAACUUGAAGGUGACGAAGAGACAUACAAAAAAAUACCUAAAUUUUACUUCAAACUUCCUCGAGCCGAUGAUGUCUUAGCACAAAAACUCAGGGAAGAAACAAGAGCUCAAUUCUUGCAAAAGAAAAGCAAGGAAUUGUUAGAUAAUAGUGAAUUGAAGCAUUUAUGGAGUCUGCUUGAGAAAUCUAACGGUAGUUACAGUAUGGCUAAUAGUGACGAAUUGACAGUUGAUUAUUUACAGUUCAAGAAAAUUAGAGAUGAAGCUGGACCAAAGUAUAGGCCUUACUUCACAGCAGAGGUGUUCGGUCGUCUACAAGCUGCUGAAGGUGGAAUAGGUCGUGUACGAGGAGUUUCUCUCUUCAACUAUGUUAUGCGUCGAGUUUGGUUACAACAAACACGGAUUGGUCUGUCCUUGUACGAUGUAUCAGGGCAGGGAUAUCUGACUGAACAUGACUUGGAGAGCUAUAUAGCAGAGUUAGUACCGUCUCUCGCAGCACUGGAUGGUCUGGACUCGUCGUUCACAUCGUUCUACGUUUGUACAGCAGCCAGGAAGUUCCUCUUCUUCCUGGAUCCUCUGAGAGUCGGCCGGGUGAGGAUCAGGGAUGUGCUGUCCUGCUCAUUCCUUGAUGAUUUGUUGGAGUUACGAGAAGAAGACCUGCCAAUGGAGUUACAGGAACAGAACUGGUUCAGUGCGGCGUCAGCUCUCCGUGUGUAUGGACAGUACCUCAACCUGGAUCGGGACCAUAACGGCAUGCUCAGUAUCAACGAACUGGCCGGCUACGGCUCGGGCACGCUGACGCGCGCGUUCCUGGCGCGCGUGUUCCAGCAGUGCCUGACGUACGACGGCGAGAUGGACUACAAGACGUACCUGGACCUGGUGCUGGCGCUGGAGAACCGCCGCCAGCCCGCCGCGCUCGCCUACCUGUUCCGCGUGCUCGACAUCAACUCGCAGGGGUUCCUCGACGCCUUCACCCUCAACUACUUCUUCAAGGCGAUUCAAGAACAAAUGGUGGCCCACGGCGCGGAACCGGUUAACUUCGAUGACGUCAAAGACGAAAUCUUCGACAUGAUCCGCCCGGAGCACCCGUCUCGUAUAACACUCCAAGAUCUGAUCAAAAGCGGCCACGGACACACGGCUGUGUCGAUUUUGUUGGAACUGCACGGGUUUUGGGCGUACGAGAACAGAGAGGCGCUGGCGGCCGCUGGAGAUCAUUCUUGACAGGGCAAGAUGGAGUUUACGAAGGAGAUUGAUAUAAAUUUGAGAUAGAAUAAUUUUAGAAGAGCACUACCACGUCGCUUUGUGGUCGAGGUGUACAAAGAUGUCGUGGAUUUGUCACGUCUGGGGAAAUUAUCGUGGUGAAGAAUAAAAAAAAACCUGGGGUCAAGUAACGCCUCUAAGAAAGUUUAAAAUUGAAAGACUAGUUUUUAAUAAACUCAUAAUGUUUGCGCAGUCUUGUAGUCGGUAUGAACAUGUGAACAAAUCUCUCCAUGGUCUAAAAUAAAGUCGCUUCCCUCUCUCUGUACGCUUAGAUCUAUUAAACUACGCGAUGGAAUUUAAUGCGGGUUUUGUCAAUAUACAGAUUGAUUCAAGAGGGAUGUUUAUAUGUAUAAAACAUGUAUAUUAUAUUAGAGAAAAGCAGAAAAUUUAAACUUUCCUAACCGGAAAGAAAGCAAGUUUUUUUUUGUGUGUGUGUUCUAAAAGUUGUAUAUUAGAUUCUUAUGGUAUCCGUGUGAAGCUGGGACGGAUAGCUAGUGGUAUAUAAUUAUACCAUUUAAUAUAAUAAUAUAAAUAAUAAUAAAAAAUAGCUUAAAUCUUUUAUAAGCACGAGAAAAUUAUAUGUACAUAUAUGGCGGAUGAAUGCACAGACAUAUAGUUAUAUCAGUAAAUUAUAAUUCACAUAUAAUGUUUGUGUGACUCUUGCAGUUUUUUUAUUAUAUAUACAAUUACAAAUUAGGGGUGAAAUAUUUGUGUUAGAUGUUAUUUGUAAGAAUUAAGUUCCUCUAUCUCAGCAUUCAAAUCAUAUAAAAUCAAAAUACUCUUUAUUCAAGUACUUUGGUUAAAAGCUUCGUUGAAUCGUCAUGUUAAGCCAUUGGUUCGGGAAGUUGGUUCUACCGAGAUUAACUGUCAAGAAACUCAGUAUAAUAUAUAUAUGUUACUCUAAAAGCUCGAACUACUGUAAAUCUUAAGAUUUUCCAGUAAA